CCAAUACAGUUUUUCAAGCUCCGACCCCACGGUAGCCCUGAGUCGUUGAUGAAAGAAACAAAAGUGAGCAAGACGACGAUAAGGAAGUCGAUACGACAAACUGAAUUUUCCAUAAGAAGUUUGAUUAAAUUGGCUCUAGAGUAAGAUCGUUUCGCUUUCAGACAAUGCAAAACCGAUAAGAUGGUGCCGUCCACACUGAAAAGAAAGCUAGCAACAAUUGAAGCAAAGAAUCGAAAAGGUAGCAAGAAAAAACGAGGAUUGACCACGACGAAGAAAAAACAGAAUAAAACCACUAAGAAGGCUUCUUCGGCUCGCUCCACAUCGAAAAAGAAGGAUCCCACUAGAAGUUCUAUUUCUAAGCCUAGAGCGACUUCCAACUCAUCCAACGCACCUUGUCCUGCAAAUGGCAACAGUAGAAACGUUCAAGGGGAUGCUAGACUCCAGGGGAACAAUCGAAGAAAGGUGGAACGCUCACCAAAUGGAAGGGCAAGGUGCCAAAAAUGUCGACAGAUAAUCAAGAGAGGGGAAAUUCGAGUCGGGAUCCCGAUUUCUUCUGCGUCGGCGAAGACCACGGCGUACCAAUAUUAUCACAAUCGAUGCCUUUCGGACGUACACAAACCGGGUUGUGUGAAGGAAACACACUCGCAAAUCAGGGAAAAGAUUUUGUCGCAGCGGGCGAAUCUUCUUUGGAAUCUGCAGCAAUAUUGGUCGCUCCUCGGCACGGAGAAGAUCCACAAAUUGGUGAUUGCUCUGCCACAAAACGAAAGAGAUCUGUUCAAGGUCCUCGGGGCGACGUCAUCUUCGUUUCCUUAUGACCAUAGUAGAUUGAAGUAUCUAUUGGAUAUCAUUCGCAAGGCGAGGCAGAAAAACGAAGCAGUAUCUACAGCAGCAGCUUUAGGAGGAUCCACCGCGCAACGUCAGAUGGCUGCGAAUUCUUCUCGUCGAACAAACGACCCGUCGGAAGUGAUCGUAAUUGACGAUACGGAUGACGAAGACGAGGUGGAUAUGGGCAACAAGUCCGACUCUGCAGUACCCGAGGGUUUGGAGAAAGACGAUCGUCUGGGGGAUGAUGACGAUGACGAUGAUGGCGAGGUUUUGGUUGGUGGUACCUUGUCGUGUGCGCAGGUGAUACAACAAAAGUUUGAUCAGGCUGCUGCAAACGGCGAGAUUCUCACCAUAGACUGACUCUUGAUAUCACUCAACGCAAAAUUAGGACACAACAGCUGACGAAGCCUGUUUAUCUUGGUCUCCCCCAAGAAAGUUCGAUCUCUUGUCGAGAUCGUGGCAGUCGACCGAUGCUUCGAGAAUGAAAACACAGUGGAGUU